CUAAAACAAGAGGAACAAGUGAAAAUGUCGGCUCAUCUCUCCAAGACAGACUCCGAGGUGAGUAGCGUGAGUCAAUCAUCACCGGCAAGGUCCCCUCGUCGACAAAUGUACUAUGUUCAGAGUCCAUCCAGAGACUCCCACGAUGGUGAAAAGACUACCAACUCUUUCAACUCGACGCCGGUGCUCAGCCCCAUGGGCUCUCCACCUCACUCCCACUCCAACUCCACCUUAGGCCCCCAUUCGUCGCGCGAGUCAUCUUCCACGCACCUCUCUGGAUCUCUCAAACCUCAUCGAAAACACGACGGAUCUCGCAAGGGCCGCAACAACAAGCAGCCCUGGAAAGAGUUCGACGCCAUCGAAGAAGAAGGCUUGCUCGACGGUGAAGGUGACUAUAACGGCCUCCACCGUCGACGUUGCUAUUUCCUCGCAUUCAUCGUCGGCUUCUUCGUUCUCUUCACCACGUUCUCUUUGAUCCUAUGGGGAGCUAGUAAACCCCAAAAACCUAAAAUCACCAUGAAGAGCAUUUGGUUCAACGAAUUCAGGGUUCAAGCGGGUGCGGAUUUCUCCGGAGUGAGCACAGAAAUGGUAUCGAUGAACUGCACACUGAAGCUCACAUAUCGAAACACAGCCACAUUUUUUGGGGUCCAUGUAACAUCAACACCCUUAGAUCUCUCGUACUCUCAGCUCACCGUGGCCACCGGAUCGAUACGCAAGUUUUAUCAAUCCAGAAAGAGCCAAAGAUCAUUGAUUGUGACGAUGAAAGGGAGUCAUAUUCCCUUGUAUGGAGGAGGGGCUAACUUGGCUAGUCUCAAUGGUGCACCCACUCAACCCGUGCCAUUGGCACUCAACUUCAUGGUUCGCUCCAGGGCUUAUGUUUUGGGCAGGUUGGUUAAACCCAAGUUCUAUAAGAGGAUUCAGUGUUGGGUCACCAUGGACCCCAAGCAGAUGAACAAGGCCAUUUCACUAAAGAACAAAUGCAUUUACACCUAAUCAGCUGGCCAACCCAAGUUUACAAUUACGGUGACAUUGGAAAUGUAAGCAGUGGUCGGUGGUUU